AUGUCAAGACCAGAAGAGUUAGCACCACCAGAGAUCUUUUAUGGGGACACUGAGUCCUUUAAAUAUACAUCAUCUACCAGAGUUCAACACAUUCAAGCAAAAAUGACCCUACGAGCAUUAGAUUUAUUGAAUUUAUCCCCUGAUGAACCUCAUUUCUUGUUAGAUUUAGGUUGUGGUAGUGGAUUAAGUGGAGAGAUUUUAACUGAAGAAGGGUAUAAUUGGGUCGGAAUGGAUAUUAGUCCUUCUAUGUUGGCUACAGCUUUAGAUAGGGAUGCAGAUGGAGAUUUAAUAUUGAGUGAUUUAGGUAAUGGAGUACCUUUUAGAGCUGGAACUUUUGAUGCUGCCAUAUCAAUUUCUGCUAUUCAAUGGUUAUGUAAUGUAGAUGCUGUUGGAAAUGAUCCCAAGAAGAGAUUAUUGAGAUUUUUCAAUACUUUGUAUGCAUCAUUAGCAAGAGGAGGAAAAUUUGUUGCCCAAUUUUAUCCUAAAGAUCAAGGACAAAUCGAUGAUAUUUUAAGUGCAGCUAAAGUAUCAGGUUUUGGAGGUGGUUUAAUCAUUGAUGAACCUGAUUCGAAGAGAAAUAAAAAACAUUAUUUGGUAUUAUCAGCCGGUAUUUCUGAUCGAUCAGUUAAUUUAGAAGGAGCUGAAAUGGAAGUAAGUGCAAAGAAAGAUAAAAGAAAAUUAAAGAAAUUAGAAAGUAGAAAGUCAUUUAUUAAUAGAAAGAAAGAAACAAUGAGGAAGAGAGGUAGAGUGGUGGCCAAUGAUUCGAAAUUCACUGCCAGAAAGAGAAGACCAAGGUUUUAG